CUGAAGUCUGGUUAUAUAUAUUUUUUUGAGCUGAGAGGAAGAAGCUUGUGGCGUGUUAGCUGGCUAAUAGGCUAAUCACGCUAGCUCGUCAGUUAGCAGCUUCCCCCGGCCAAUGGCACGAGAGCAGCGGGAUGCUCUUUAAGUUAGCAACGGUUGCUAACAUAAAUGUAUUUAAAGCCGUGGCUGUGUGUGUUUAUAUUCAGUAAACCGCCCCGUAAGGACACAUUUAACACUUAUAGCUCGUUGUUAAUUCAAGCGAGAGCGCCGUGUCUUCGCUGCACCGCUUCAAAUUAGCCCCUGCGAUGGAUAACUGAUACUCGGCUAAGAUAGCUAAUGUUGACAAACACUGACGCGUUUAAAAAAUAAUUAACAAACCGUCACACGAGCGAGCAGGGAUGCUGUCGGACAUGGGUCAUGUCAGGGGUUUCAAUGAUGAGACUUUAUUUGAGUGACUUGUGUCAGCUUUCAGGCCGGUGUGAAGCAUGUUGACGUUGGAUGUGCUGAAGCUGGAACAUUUGGCAACAACCAGGAGUGGACCUGCCAUGACAGAGAGAGACGUAGUGAGUCCAAACCACACACUCACAGCAGGAGACUAUGAUAUUUCAGUGAGGUUACUAUGUUGAUAUGAAUUUUGAAUUUAGGUAACAUUGUUGUCGAGACGUGGAAGGCAACACAGCUACCUGCCUGACCUUGUUUAUCUAUUUUCCUUGGACUGUCUUAUUACUUUUUAUUUAUAAAACACAACAACUUGUCAGCAUUUCUAAAUGUCACAAUGCUUAUUCUAACUCAUCACACUGACGUUUAGUGCCAUUUUAAAAAACAUGGCGUUGAAACUGAAGAGCUGGAUCUUAACCACGGCGGUGAGAUAAGACAUCAGCUUUUUUUUUCCUCUCGUGUUUGCAAAGUGGACCAUCCCGAUAUAAAUGGAGCCGACAGUCCUGUCUGGCCCUUUGGGGCACACACAGUGGGAGUCAGAUCAGCCAUUUCCUCUUGGAUUUCACACGCUGGAUUCAGACAAUGGAGGUGUGCUCUGUUCAAACAGCAGCAGCAGCAGCCAGGCAGGUUUGGAUUUCAGAAACAGUGACCAGGAACAAACAUGCCAACAAAGCGAAGAGGAGAAUAUAUUCAAGUGCAAGCCGGUAGAGUUGGACAACCUCAUAAGUAUGUUUGAGAGUGAUCAGUCCGCUAUUUCUCAUAUAGAGGAAUUGUCCCUUACAGAAAAACGCGAGGGACCCGAUGAAAUAAGUGACUUACCGCUAUCGUGGUUGUUUUCUCCCAAACUCGCUAUCGUGGCUGGGAAAACCUCAACCAGGGAGGAGCUGGGUCUAACACCGGAGGACCCUCUUGAGAGCUCAAAUACCCUCAGUAGUCAGGCUGAGCUCAUAAGUCUAAGCGUACCUGUCUCUCCUUCGAAGAUUUCCGACACCAACACGGGGGAUCUGUUUUUGUUGGUGGAUUUCUUCUCAGAUGAGAACUCUUGUCUACCCACAGAGUCCUCAGGUGAGUUGAACCCACAGGGUGUCAGUGAGGAGCUGCUAGACCUCACACAAGAGGAGCAAGCAAGUCCCCCUCCCUCACAGAGCUGGGAGACUUUGUCACAUGAAACCGGAGACAAAGGUUUGUUCCCCGAUCAAGUGACUGAUCUGCCUGUAACCUGCAGCACUUCCCUGCAAGGUUCACCUGAGAGUUGCGGCCCACAGCAACAAAACCACAGCAGCACGCCACUGGAGUUUUUCGAAGGAUCUGUGCCUUUGUUGGAUUUAGAUGUUCCAGAUUGUGACAGCAGUCUGAGCCUGUGCCCUGCCAGUCCUCCCUCCGUUAUCAGCACAGUUGCACCAUUAGAUUUAUCAACACCGGAGUUGGAGGUGGAACAUGAAGGAGCUACUGUAAUUCCCACUUCAGAGCAACAACGUGAGGAUGACUCAUUUGCUGUGGGGUUAUCAGCGGGACCUUCAUCACUGACGGUGCCUGUGGCUGAAGAUGCCUUCAUCCAGGGUGAUUUCACCAGCGAGAGUUACUCUGUGGAAAAUGAGUCUAAGGAUUUGAUGGAAGACAAGAUUCAUUCUGAAGCCAAAACUCAGGGGAAUGAGGCAAUGGCUUUGGAUCUGUGCUUGACUGCUGAUGAGGUCCAUGACGAGGAAACUUGGGACUUGAAACCACACGAGGGGGUACAGAAAGGAAGCGUUCCCGACCCGACAACUGAACAGAGGGAAGAGGAAGGCGAGAGUUUGACGGACACUAACCAGCUGGAGGGAUCAGAUUGUCAUGAAGUGGCUUCUUUUGAUUUUUCAGUUCAGGACCUACACGCCGCUUCUACACCUGAGGCUGAAUGGACUAGUGAGCAAACUGUGGAGACAAUUUCCCUCUCUAAGAUGGUGGUAGAUGACUCACUGCCAAUGGUCUCGGCUGUGAAUACGAAGGAGGAAGAUGUCUCCCCACUAAAAGCUGUGUUCGACGCCUUAGACCAAGACGGAGAUGGCUUCGUUCGGAUUGAGGAGUUUAUGGAGUUUGCUGCCGCCUAUGGAGCCGAUCAGGUGAAAGAUCUGACCAAGUUUUUGGAUCCAAGUGGGCUGGGAGUGAUCAGCUUUGAAGACUUCCACCGUGGAAUCUCUGCAAUUAGCAAUGGAGGCCCAGAGCCACAGCUUUACAGUGUAAACUACAGUCCAGGGGAUGGAGCUGUGGGCUGUCCAGAGGAAUAUGACGAGCAAAAUGAGGUGACGGACAGCGCAUACCUGGGCUCGGAGAGCACUUACAGCGAGUGUGAGACCUUCACCGAUGAGGACACGGGGGCCCUCGUGCCCCCUGAGAUGCACGAGGAAGUGGAGACGGACAGCGGUAUCGAGGCCACGCUGCACGACCCUGAAGAUGGUGGAAAUAGGUUUUCCCUAAACUCUGAGCACCACAACCACUCCUUGGUGACGGUCAUCGGUGGAGAGGAGGAGCACUUUGAGGACUUUGGGGAAAGUAAUACCUCAGAGUUGCUUCUGGAGAGCAGCGUGGAUGGGACGGAGGGGCAGGGCGACUCCCCUCGCAUGCAGCCUGCCGAGCAGGUCAAUGGCUCUCCGCUGCUCUCUCCCAGCGCUGGCAAGAGGCUGUCCAGCAAGAAAGUAGCAAGACAUCUCCUCCAGAACAGCUCCAUGACCCUGGAUACCAUGAGCGAUUUGACGCGGGACAUCCUGGAGCUCGCUGACAAUGACAUCACUGACAAGGUGCUCCUCCUCGAACGCCGAGUGGCGGAGCUGGAAAAGGAGUCCGAGGCAUCGGGGGAACAACACGCGAGGCUGCGCCAGGAGAACCUCCAGCUCGUGCACCGGGCUAACGCAUUGGAGGAGCAGCUGAAGGAGCAGGAGCUCUACGCUGACGAGCAACUGCAACAAGAGACCCGUCGUCACAAGGAGGCCCUGACUAAGCUGGAGAGAGAGAGGGGGAUGGAGCUGGAAAACCUGCAGGCCAGGCUGCAGCAGCUGGAUGAGGAGAACAGCGAGCUGCGGUCAUGCGUCCCCUGUCUUCGAGCAAACAUCGAGAGACUAGAGGAGGAGAAGAGGAAGCUGCAGGACGAGACAGAAGCCAUGUCCGACAAGCUGCAGGAGGAGACGGAGUCGCGCAGGAAAAUGGCUGACAAGCUGAGCCAUGAGCGCCACCAGAGCCAGAAGGAGAAGGAGUGCACUCAGGAGCUCAUCGAAGACUUGCGUAAACAGCUCGAGCACCUACAGCUGUACAAGCUGGAGGCUGAAGCAAAGAGAGGGCGCACACCUGGAGCAGGGCUGCAGGAAUAUCAGACCCGCACGCGCGAAGCUGAGCUGGAGCAAGAGAUCAAACGGCUCAAACAGGACAACCGCAGCCUGAAGGAGCAGAACGACGAGUUAAAUGGACAGAUUAUCAACCUGAGCAUCCAGGGAGCCAAGAACUUAAUGUCGGCCUCCUUCUCCGACUCCCUGGCAGCUGAGAUCAACUCCGUGUCUCGUACAGAGUUGAUGGAGGCUAUCCACAAACAGGAGGAGAUCAACUACAGACUCCAGGACUACAUUGACAAAAUCAUCGUGGCCAUCAUGGAAUGCAACCCCUCCAUCCUAGAGGUCAAAUAGACGCCAUGCAGCCCCACACAGAGACUCAGGCUGUUUAAAUAUACAGAAGAAAAACUACCAAGAGAGGAUGUAAAAAUGUAGUCCGACAACAUUUUGGUAGGAAAACAACAAAAAAACGCACUCGACUCAUCCGGCUCCUCAAACGCCCCCCAAAAAAAGAAGAAUUUAAGAUUUCUAAGAAGUCUGUUAGUUAGAUAUUCCUCGAGUCUGUGCUUAUCUGUGAGUGUUUGUGUUAACCCUCCUGAGUACGCUUGGGUUCUGGUGACUUCCAUGUUAUUUGGCCAGAGGGACCCGAGUCUCCCCCCCCAGUGGAGUGAGUGAAUGUGUAAAUGUGUGCAAGAGCUCUGUAUCAUAAAGAGUAGAAAAUCUUCCCGUCCCUUUCAAGAAAAAAACAAAAGUGUCAAUGUUUGAUUGAGCUACAGACAAACAAAAAUCAGACAAUUAUACAGUACCGAAAGGCCUUAAAUGAAAGGUGAUUUAAAAGUAUUCAUUAAUUCUGCGUACCAUACAUGCCUCAGUUCAGUCGGUGGAGUGUUACUGGGAUGGUGUUGGUAUGCAGGGGCUGUGAUCUCCUGGAGCAAGCUGAAUCGUGCUUUAAAUCACGCGUGAGAAAAAAGCCGUAUGAAGCGCGUGUCGGGAGGUCGAAGCAGCGAUUUUCUCUUUUUGGAUUUGUCCUUUAAUGUUUAGAGCUUGCUGUGCUGCCUGACAAGUCCCUAUAACGGUGUGUCCUGUCCUUUGACCAAGUUCAACUGUCUUUCCAGUGAACCCAAGUGAGGGACAUUUCAAGGAGUUGAGGAUGAGAAAUGCCCGGAGGGUUUCGUGUGUGUGUGUGUGAAGUGUUUGACAUUUCCUUUUUUUUUUCCAUGUUACUUAGAGUGUUUGGUGACAUUAGGAGGAAUAAUAUAAGCUUCAAUGUCCCAAAUGAAGGAACUAGGUGGUUUAUAGUUUGCCUCAUCUCAUUUUUUAUUUUAUUUUACAAUGAAACAGGGUCCCAGGGUUCAGGUGGGCUGCAAACCUCCAGUGGGUGGGAAGAUAAUACUACAUUUCCCAUCACUCCCUGGCACAAAUAUUAGAUAGCUCAAAUAUAUCUCAAUAAGUGUAUAGACCGGGUGCUGUAACUGACAAAAUCUAACCCGCUCAUACUCACGGCUUCACUUUGUAAACGCUGCAAACACUUGAACGAAGCAUGAAGGGAAACUGACGAGUGAUUCUGGGAAUUGUAGUUUGUUUUAAGCGCAGCCCACCUGACUCCAGUGUUCUCUUGCUGAGUGAAAAUGAUGGGGAGCAAGUUUAUCCAGGUAACCAACCUUUUUUUUUUUUUUUUUUCCACUGCACAAGUGAUUUAUUGUCACUAAGAAAUGCUGACAUUUGACAAGUUGUAUGUGAAUAAUCAAAUGGUUGUACUUUGCACUAAGUUUCGAUUUCAUUAUCGUUUUGUUGAUACAAAAACAAAUGUUUAUUUUGAAGGGAUCAAAUCAUAAAUGAAGAUAGUUUUGAAGCCCGUAUGAAGAUGAUAGCGUGCGGGAUUUGUUGCUACUGACAUACCAGCAAAGUUGGAACUGGUGUGUAUGUACACUAUAGAAGAAAACACACGUCACACUAAUUUUUAUGCCAUAUUCAAUUUAAAAUAUUUAAGAAUACUACAACAAAAGAACAUUUCAGCCAUGUCUCAAGAUGAGUUUGCAUUUACAUACUGUAUUUUUUCAGCCAUCAGGAGUUCCUAUGAUCUCUUUUCUUUCGCUGGCUAUUAUAGCCAGGUCUGAUCUGCAGAUAUUACUGAAGAGACGUGGCAGACUUUGGUAGCAAUAACGCUUGGCAAGAAAGUGGACAUUAUUGGAGGGCAGGUGAAACGAACCUGCUCUUUAUUUCCUCUGUUGAAGCAACAUCUGCUUUUUUUUCAAAGACGUACGGACUGAUUUUGGACUGAUGCCGUGCUCAUCGGUACUGUGCAGCCAUCUCACUACACUCCUGGAGGUUUCUUUAAGACUCGGACUGGACACAAGUGUCAGAUUCACCUACCAGACAUCUUGAUGGACUUAAUAGUUGAAGGGUGGUCGGAGGGGGGGAGGUUGAUUCUGUCAAAACAGCAUGACAUUCUGCACCAACAUGCUAAGAAGAAUAUUUUUCACCCAGCUCACCUCGAUCUGACUGCUCUUCUUCACCUGCCACUCCAUGGAAAAAAUGGCCUUGGAUGUAAAUGACUUGUACAUGUAAAGUUUUUUCUACACUCAUUCUAGAUUCUAGGUAUUUUUAUAGUUGGAAGAAAAGAACAUUUCUUCUUGUCUUAUGCUGAGAGACAGCUGCCUGUAUUCUUCUCUAGCAUGUAGCGUGUACAGUACCUGUUUUUUUUUCUUUCUUGUUUUGAAUAACAUGCAGAUAUUUAUUCAUCAUUUGACACAAACGACACGCUCACACUCUGUGAUCUGUUCUGCUGAAAAAUACGUUUGUAGAUUUUUUUUUUUUUUUUUUUUUUUUUUGAAUUUCACGAGUUGGGGAGAGAUCGACUCACGGUGGGAGAAUUUCAUUGAAUCAAGGUUAAAUGUUUCAAAGGAAAGUUGUAUCGUCUUUGGGUGACUCAAAGCUUGAAUGUGACCUGCUCAGAGCGGUCUCUUGUCGAGGUCAUCGCAUUCUUCCACUGUGCUGAUGAUGCUGUGACCUCUUCAGGGUGACGAUGAACGGCAGAGUCUGCAGUUUCUACUGCUGUCUUCCCAGAUGGAGUCAGGUCCUGCAUGGAAACACCUAUUUUUUAUUGUAUAUCUCUGAUUCAAACUCAUGUUUUGGCUGACAAAUCAUAUGCUAUACUUUCUAUUUGUGGAGUCGUAGGUUGUGAGACCUCAUAACGUCAACACAUGACACAUAAAACCUCAUUCCCAGGCUUGCUGAGUUCAGCUUCCUGCCUUUAAGUGUGACUGGAGGUUUGCCCCAACAAAUGUAAUACUUUAUUCUUUAUAAUGAAUCUUUUUUUUUUUUUUUUUUUUGCAUCACAAAGAGGGAAUGCGAUGACACUUGAACAAAGCAGGUAAUAUGACACUUCGCUCCCUGCUUCAUAUCUUAGUGUCUGGUUUCGACAGAUAGUUUGGGGACUAACAUGACAGGCAACAGAAUAUCUAGACAGUGAGACCACAGAGCUGACAAAACAUUCCCUUUUAGCAGAGCUGAAGGCAAUUGCACUUUAACCACAUCCAAAUUUCUGCUUUCAAAAUGACCAAAGACAGACGUUUGAACUUAAACUGAUCAUUUUAUCUUAUCAGGGUCCGUGAUCACCGCUUUUGGUAACAUUUUCCUGUUCUCUAAUAAAUCAUAAAUCAACUCUAAGCUUAUCCUUAAAGAAAAAAAAAAGAAAAGAAAAAUGGCCUGCUAGUCUAAACACUGUGCCUCUGUGUCUCAAACUUUGCCUCUAAACUAACCUGAUGAUGAGCCCUGGGGAAAGCACUGACCACGUGACUGUCAGUUUGUUAAAUUAUGAUGAAACAUAAACUGUAAAUAUGAAUUGUCAUUUUUUGUGAACUUUUUUUUUCCUCUCUCUCUCUCUCUCAUACUCACUUCCAGUGUCCAAAGAAAGUUUGCUCAAGGCACAAACAUCACUACAGUGGUAGUGCAUGGCUUGCCAUUAUGUGACAUGGGAAGAUUAAAAAGAGAAUAUUGUAGAAAAGAGAAAGUUUAAAUUUAUUCCUAUUUUCAAAGAUAAAUGUAUAAAUUAUAACAGUAUUGGUUACAGCUGUAUAUUAUUUUUGAAGAUUCCCCAAAUGAUCUAAUCCUAAUUGUUACUGGGGAAAUAUAAUUUCAGUCAUUGUAAAAAAGAGAAAAUUUAAAGGUAAGCAGUGAAAGUAAGAUUAGAAAAAUAAAUGGAAUAAAA